CAUGCAUCGAGGAAUUAGUUUAUUUAUUUUAAUAAACUUUUACAUAAUAUAUUGACUAUGUGUUUAUUCAACAAUGUGACAUAUAUACUGAGAGUUUUUCUCUAACAAGGCUCAACAGUCAACCAUGCCGAAUAAAGAGCUCAACCGUACCCAGGUAGCGGAGGUCAAAAUAGUGCCAGUGGUUCAAAAUGUGACUCCAAGCAAGACUACAGCUGGAGCCGUAGCUGCAAAGGCUGGUGUAACCAAGACAACUACAAAAGACAGCGCGAUGUCACCUGGCGCUGCUCCAGCCGCGCACGCCAGCAGCGAGCUGCUGGGGUCCCUGACCACGCAGCAGCAGCAACGCACCAGCGCCCGUGUCAUUAAGAAGCUGAGGACUGAACCAGUCCCUGAUCCUGACAAGAGAGAUAUACCAGAAUGCGACACCCCAAGCAAAAUCGACGAGAAAGAACUAAAAUUCCCCACAGUCAAACAGCGCAUGCCCAAAGCUCUCUGGUCGGCUGACGAGAAGAGUCUGUUCUUCGAGGCUCUUAACGAGUACGGCAAAGACUUCGAUGCCAUCACCACUCACAUUUGUGCCAAGAUGAAGAAGAAAGGCAUGCCAGAAGUCAAUCUGAAGACGAAGACGCAAGUCAGCCACUUUUAUUAUAGGACUUGGCAUAAACUGUCAAAGCAUGUACAUUUUGGCGAAAACGUGAAGAAAGUAGCCCAAGAGCUAUACGCUCUAAUCAACUACGGUGAGCUUAGAAAGAAGCUGGUCUCAGUGAGCGAGAAGACUUGCGCGCGUCUACACGAGAUGGUGAUAAGCGGCAGCAUGGUGGUUCGUCAUCGUGGGAGGAACGUCCGUGUUAGGACUCCUAUGUGCCGUGCGUUGCGAAGACUCAAUCAGAUUACAGAGCGGUCGCUGGCGGUGGGCGUGUGCGCGCUGGCCACGGUGUCGCUGCGCGCGCGCGCGGCGGCCGCGUGGGCGCGCGUGCAGGCGGCGGCGCACAACCCGCGCGCCGCCGUGCAGCUGUCGCCGCGCACCAAGCUGCACGCGCUGCUCAGGGCGCUGGAGAAGCGGUGGCGCGGGAAGAUGAAACUUUGUAAACCAAAGUUGGAUAAUAUAUUGGAGAUGGAGCCCGAAGAAGAGAAGCCGGAGCCGGCAAGACCCGAAGACAACGAAGAUGACCUGGAGGACCACCUCAACCUGGAGACAGACAGGAUUAUUGUUCAAGAACAAAAGCUAGCAAAAAGACCGGUGCUCCACGUAGGCCCCCGGCCCACCGCGACCGUCCGAUUGCCGGUGGUCCGCGCCAGCGAGCAGCUGUCCAGCCAGAAAAUCUGCUUCUCUAGUUACCUCCAGCGCAUGUAUUCACAGGACAAGGAAGCCACCAAAAUCCGCACCCCAAAACGGCACCAUAAAGACAGCAGUGAGAAGGACAAGGACCUGGAGCAGAAACGGCCGCGGCUGGAAAGUGAACCUAAACUCGACAUCGACGAGACGGCCGUCGAUGGGAUCGAGCUCAUGGCCAACUAUAAGACUAAUCAGGAAGACGAAGAAAAGCCCAGCACCGAAGACGAGAAAGAGAUAAAAUCAGAAGAAACCGCCGAGGAAGAGGGAGACAAGGAAGGUGAAAGAGACAAGUAUAUGUCCGAGAGAGAGAAGGACAGCUUCUCCGAAAUGGAAGAUGAUGAGAAGUUGUAUAUCAAAAGCGACAGUGAUAAUGAGAGUGAUAAGGAUAAGGGAGAGAAGAAGACAAAAUUUAAGAAUUUAAAGGUAAAAUUCCGCAUACGCCCCAAGAAACGCGGCGGCACCAUCUACACCCUAGUCAACGAGGAGGAGCCGAAAGCAGAGGAGCCUAAGGAGGAGGAGCCUCCUGACAUUGACGUUGACAGCGCUGUCAACCAAAUAAGGAAGGGGUGGAGUGUUUAUGACGCGGGCGAUCUUACUAUUGGGGACUUGUAUCUUAUGUUCGGCGCCCGCUCCAAACUCGACCUAGACUAUUGGUGGGCGGAACCCACCCCUCCCCUCCCCACAAAGGAGCUCGAGAAAACCCCUCCCCAAGAGAAAAGGCCGGAGCGCACCCCCGACAAGGGCACUGACAGUUCAGUGGAAGAUGAGAGAGAGAGACGGGAGAGUGACUCGGAUAUGUUCUCUCCUAAGGCGUCCGGGCAGGAUAGUAAUGAUGGCUCUGGGGAUGAACGGAAACCGGAACACCUAGUAUCGUCUCCGGAGAGGAAACCGAGUGUUAGCAGCCUGAACCUCGCCAGCAAGCUGGUCAACCGGCCGGCGCCUGCGUCGCCCGCGCCCUCCGCCGACGGGUUCAGCCAAGUCAGCGAAAGGUUGAAGCGGCUGUUGGCGCUGGCAGGCAACCCGCACGUGGGCGGCGCACUCGCCCGCUGCUCGUGCGGACAUGUCUGCUCGCAGCGGAAACAUCAACCUAAACCACCGUUGCUCCAACCGCCAUCACCGCGGCCGGAGCCGGUGUUUCGACAUCCCACGCCCAUCGCGCCUAAACCCGCCAACGAGGCGCCGCUGUCGAUGUCGCUGUCGGACCUGCCCCGCUGGCGGCGCGGGCGGCCACGCGCCGCCGACCGCCGCGUCGUGGUGCAGCGCCUGCUGCCCUUGCUGCCGAAGCUGCCCCCACCGAGCAACCUGAUCCCGGUAAAGAUCGUCCCGAACACGCCGCCGGUGCCGCCGCGUAUCUUGCCCAAGCCUCCGCCUACAUCCACCAACGACCUGUCACUAUUCUACGUGCUGAGCGAGUCAAACGGUCAAUUCUUCUUUCACGACGGCGACCGCCGCAUCCCCAUUUCAGCGCAGGACGAUAAUGAAGAAGCUGAAGAAGACAUCCAAGACGAAUCAUACGACAGUAAAGAAGACACGAAAGAAUUCAAAAUCGACAUAUCAGCGACGGAGGUGGAGAAACGAGUAGCAAGCAAGUCUGACGAGACGAGCGAGCCGGAGGCGAGCGCCGAGCCGAGUCAGCCGAGUGACUCGAGUCAGAGUGAGAAGAAGAAAGCUGAAGGCGGAGACAUCGCGAACUUCCUGCCAUCGGAGUCCAUGUGUAUGUCGCCGUCGCGGCUGCUGGCGGGCGACGGCUGGCUGGCCGGCGCGCACGACUUCAGCCUCAGCUCCUUCCUCGGCCAGCUCGAGCCCGCGCCCAGCGACCAGGGCGACGGCUGGCUGGCCGGCGCGCACGACUUCAGCCUCAGCUCCUUCCUCGGCCAGCUCGAGCCCGCGCCCAGCGACCAGGGCGACGGCUGGCUGGCCGGCGCGCACGACUUCAGCCUCAGCUCCUUCCUCGGCCAGCUCGAGCCCGCGCCCAGCGACCAGGGCGACGGCUGGCUGGCCGGCGCGCACGACUUCAGCCUCAGCUCCUUCCUCGGCCAGCUCGAGCCCGCGCCCAGCGACCAGGGCGACGGCUGGCUGGCCGGCGCGCACGACUUCAGCCUCAGCUCCUUCCUCGGCCAGCUCGAGCCCGCGCCCAGCGACCAGGGCGACGGCUGGCUGGCCGGCGCGCACGACUUCAGCCUCAGCUCCUUCCUCGGCCAGCUCGAGCCCGCGCCCAGCGACCAGGGCGACGGCUGGCUGGCCGGCGCGCACGACUUCAGCCUCAGCUCCUUCCUCGGCCAGCUCGAGCCCGCGCCCAGCGACCAGGGCGACGGCUGGCUGGCCGGCGCGCACGACUUCAGCCUCAGCUCCUUCCUCGGCCAGCUCGAGCCCGCGCCCAGCGACCAGGGCGACGGCUGGCUGGCCGGCGCGCACGACUUCAGCCUCAGCUCCUUCCUCGGCCAGCUCGAGCCCGCGCCCAGCGACCAGGGCGACGGCUGGCUGGCCGGCGCGCACGACUUCAGCCUCAGCUCCUUCCUCGGCCAGCUCGAGCCCGCGCCCAGCGACCAGGGCGACGGCUGGCUGGCCGGCGCGCACGACUUCAGCCUCAGCUCCUUCCUCGGCCAGCUCGAGCCCGCGCCCAGCGACCAGGGCGACGGCUGGCUGGCCGGCGCGCACGACUUCAGCCUCAGCUCCUUCCUCGGCCAGCUCGAGCCCGCGCCCAGCGACCAGGGCGACGGCUGGCUGGCCGGCGCGCACGACUUCAGCCUCAGCUCCUUCCUCGGCCAGCUCGAGCCCGCGCCCAGCGACCAGGGCGACGGCUGGCUGGCCGGCGCGCACGACUUCAGCCUCAGCUCCUUCCUCGGCCAGCUCGAGCCCGCGCCCAGCGACCAGGGCGGCGGCUGGCUGGCCGGCGCGCACGACUUCAGCCUCAGCUCCUUCCUCGGCCAGCUCGAGCCCGCGCCCAGCGACCAGGGCGACGGCUGGCUGGCCGGCGCGCACGACUUCAGGCUCAGCUCCUUCCUCGGCCAGCUCGAGCCCGCGCCCAGCGACCAGGGCGACGGCUGGCUGGCCGGCGCGCACGACUUCAGGCUCAGCUCCUUCCUCGGCCAGCUCGAGCCCGCGCCCAGCGACCAGGGCGACGGCUGGCUGGCCGGCGCGCACGACUUCAGCCUCAGCUCCUUCCUCGGCCAGCUCGAGCCCGCGCCCAGCGACCAGGGCGACGGCUGGCUGGCCGGCGCGCACGACUUCAGCCUCAGCUCCUUCCUCGGCCAGCUCGAGCCCGCGCCCAGCGACCAGGGCGACGGCUGGCUGGCCGGCGCGCACGACUUCAGCCUCAGCUCCUUCCUCGGCCAGCUCGAGCCCGCGCCCAGCGACCAGGGCGACGGCUGGCUGGCCGGCGCGCACGACUUCAGCCUCAGCUCCUUCCUCGGCCAGCUCGAGCCCGCGCCCAGCGACCAGGGCGACGGCUGGCUGGCCGGCGCGCACGACUUCAGGCUCAGCUCCUUCCUCGGCCAGCUCGAGCCCGCGCCCAGCGACCAGGGCGACGGCUGGCUGGCCGGCGCGCACGACUUCAGCCUCAGCUCCUUCCUCGGCCAGCUCGAGCCCGCGCCCAGCGACCAGGGCGACGGCUGGCUGGCCGGCGCGCACGACUUCAGCCUCAGCUCCUUCCUCGGCCAGCUCGAGCCCGCGCCCAGCGACCAGGGCGACGGCUGGCUGGCCGGCGCGCACGACUUCAGCCUCAGCUCCUUCCUCGGCCAGCUCGAGCCCGCGCCCAGCGACCAGGGCGACGGCUGGCUGGCCGGCGCGCACGACUUCAGCCUCAGCUCCUUCCUCGGCCAGCUCGAGCCCGCGCCCAGCGACCAGGGCGACGGCUGGCUGGCCGGCGCGCACGACUUCAGCCUCAGCUCCUUCCUCGGCCAGCUCGAGCCCGCGCCCAGCGACCAGGGCGACGGCUGGCUGGCCGGCGCGCACGACUUCAGCCUCAGCUCCUUCCUCGGCCAGCUCGAGCCCGCGCCCAGCGACCAGGUGGACUCCCAUCUCCAGUCCCUCAUGGCGGAGUCGAGCGUAGACUACGUGGCUAAAUUCGCGGAUCUCGCGGCCGAAGUCACCGAUGAGAGGGCCUCUCACUUGAACACCGACCUUACGUGUCAGCUAUAA